CAAGGGGGCAAACGGUCGUUAGGCUUUUGGCACUGGCAGUAUGGAAUCUUCAGAUAGUGAAGAAACAUUUGAAAGGCCUCUUGUAAACUUUCAAUUAUCUAUGCCACCGGAAAUAACUGAUAACUCGGAGGUUUUAACACUUCUGGAGGUCCUAAAAGAAGAUAUAGAGGGUUUUGAUGACAUGCUCCUGGAGGCAUUACAGCAGCAGAACCAGACAGAAGAGCACUGUGAAUCAAAUGUCACAAUGGCAGAACCAGAACCCAUUCAAAAUCCUGUUUCAUAUAAAGAGACCCCAAAUGAAGAGAAAUCUAGAUUUAAAUGCCUUUCAGAAAAGGAUUUGCUAGAAAUUGAGAGAAACCAGUACUCUGAUGCCACUAAAAGGAACACAAAAUGGGGGAUUGGUGUCUUUAAUGCUUGGUGUCUGGAGCGACUAAAUGAAACACAUGACCUAGAAGUUGUUGAUGCAAGCACUCUUAAUGAAAGCUUAAGGAAGUUUUACGCAGAGGCCCAGCCAAAAAAUCUCGUAAAUCGAUCAAAAGCAAUAACCGAGGAACAGGCACAAGAAUAUCACAAAAAUUCAAUGAAAAAUGUGCGAGCUGCAAUAAAUAGGCACUUAAAAGACAUAGGAAGAGAAAUUGACAUAGUAAGAGACAAGGAGUUCAUAUAG